AUGACGCGUGAUAUCCGCUCGUUCUUCGGAGCUGCGCCGCCACCGGCCAAAAGGUGCCGCACAACGGACGUAAACGAUACUUCUGAGCAGCAAAAAGCAGUGAUUAACACGUUCGAACUCGUUGAGAGCAGCACUACGAAGACGGAUGUCGAGCAUGAGCAAAGUAGUGACCAGGGGGAAGAGCAGAGUGGUUCGAAGGAGGUGACACGCUUCACGGAGCUGCAAAAGACGGUGCUACUACGCUCGCUCAUGCACGAGUCGUGGUUCGGGCUCUUGCAAAACGAGUUUGUCCGCGGGUCGUUCCAAGCUUUGACACGCUUUCUACAGGCCGAGGAAGAGCGCAAGAAGGUCAUCUAUCCAUCUCCAGCCAAUGUCUUUGCAGCAUUGAAGGACUGCGCGUUCUCUGGUGUGAAGGUGGUGAUUUUGGGCCAGGACCCAUACCACGGACCGCAACAGGCGCAUGGAUUGAGCUUCUCAGUGCGUCUCGGGGUCCCGCCACCCCCAAGCCUCAAGAAUAUAUUUAAAGAAGCGAUGAACGAUGUCGGCAUUUCUCGUCCCGCACACGGCUGUUUGUCGUGCUGGAGCUGUCAGGGUGUGCUGCUCCUCAACACGGUGCUGACCGUGCGUCGGGGGGAGCCUAACUCUCACAAGAAGCGCGGCUGGGAGCAGUUUACAGACGCUGUCAUCUCCAAGGUUAGUAAAGACGCUUCCAACGUUGUCUUUCUGUUGUGGGGGAAACCUGCGCAGGAAAAGAGUCUGCUGAUUGACUCCAAUCGACACCUCGUGGUGCGUUCCUCGCAUCCGUCACCACUGGGUGCCACCAAGACGAACAUGCCAUUCCUGGGAUCAAAGUGCUUCUCGCGUGCCAACAGCUACCUCGAAAAGCAUGGCAAAGAUCCUAUUGACUGGAGCGUUCGAUAG